AUGGCGCCACUCUACCCCGUAGCUCCAACGCUCACCGCCGAAGAUCAGGUUGAGAAAAUCAAAUUGGACGAGAUCAUCCUUCUCACGGAGCAAGAGCUGAACGACAAUUUCAUCCGGUCCUGCAGUUCUCCGAAGGAAGCUCAGCAAAUCAUUAAAAAAAUCUACUGGGAAGUUGAAAAAAAUACUGGAUACGACGUCCAGUAUUGGCCACCAAAACUGAUCGAUGAUGUCUUCGAUUUAAAUGACAGAAUGGGAAUCUACAAGAACAGAAUCGAAGGCUUCAUCAACCGCGAAUGUCUUAUUGAGGCACAGCAUCAGGAUGAAAUUCUUUCCGACGGCAUCGUCAUCCUUGCUGAAGACGAGACCUUGUGCAAUGCAGUCGCUUCAUCUCUAGUCUUUGAUUUCUUUCAAGUUAUUCAAAUUUUCGAUCGCGACUUGCGCAGCGGGGAAGCUAAGGAGAAGCUCGAUGCAUUCCGGGCUGUCAGGACCAGUGCGAUUCUAGUCUGCACUACUACUAUUCUCGGCUAUCCUGAAUUCUUCCCACCUGCAAACUUCUUCAUUCUUCACGCCUUCGAAUGUCCGGCUCUCCUUGAAAACAGUGUGGCUCAGCUCACUCGUCUUUCUCGCAAGACAAAAAUCUCAUCGACAAUAUGGGUCCCGCUUAACGAAUGGGACACGCGUAACAUUGUGGAGUGCGCUGCGACGCUUCUCGCAGCACGUGGUGAGGACAUUGAGGACGGUUUCGUCGAAUGGGUUGAUCAAAAGUGCUGGGGCCACAUCAUCCCAGGAGAAGUUGAAAAGUUCUACGCGUGGUCCUCUUCUGUUAAGGAGGCAAAUCUGAGCAGGAAUGCUGAAAUCGAGAAGGAGCUUGGAAUUCGUGUCGAGUUCUGGUGGCAAAACUUCGUCACCAUGGCCAAAGUCAGGGAAUUGGUCCAGCCAACCAACGAGUGCCAAUGA